AGACUUAUUUGACAAGGCAAGAAUUCUUGUCGCGCAGGCUCUUUCGUACCUGUCGUGGACGAGAAGUUAUAGAUUUGGAUUGCAUUUGGGAUUCUAUACACCUUCACCUUUACCGAAUAUUGAUAAGUAAAUUCUAGUAGGGGUCGAACAGGUUCAGUCUAACUCUAAGGCUUAGAGUCGAACAGAUUUCAGGCAUCAAACUCUAGUAGGCAAAAAAAAAGUAGAAGUGCCAGAAAGAAAAAUCAUGGAGGAUCACCGCGAACUGACUCAGGGGCAAAAGAUUCAGAAACACAUCGAUGACGGCACGUACCAGAUUUGGCAAACUGUAACCCUCGGUAAAGAAUCUGCGGAGAAAUACCCGAUUGAUGUGAUCCUCACGUCCUCGCCCGUAUUAGCCCGAGCAAGCCAUGGAUAACUAUAGGAGCGCGCUGCCGCUGUCCGUUUCCACUUUGUCAGUCUGUGGUCCUUCUUAUUCGCAUGCGGUCCAUUUGCAUUUAAUUUGCUCGUCGCAGCAGUAACAGUAUUGCUAGGCCGGCACAGAAGGUCGCUUUUUCCUCCGCCCAUGCAUGUCAUAUCUUUGCCUGUUUCUGUAUCAGAGCAGCCAGUGGUGCCAGAAUUUGUAUUGUAGGACCAUUAGUAGCAUCGUGUUGACUGACUGUACGUGGGACCAUGCUCCUUAGUUUUCUCUUUGAUACGGGGCUUGGACGGUCCAGCAAUUCGAUGUGUUCGACGAGUGGCUUCAUAUGAGGGGAGGAGAUCUCGGUCUCCGCGCAUCGUCGCGCGGGACGGCGACCGCAGGCACCACCAUCCAUCGCGAAAGAAGUGGGCGUUCAAGCAGACCUCGGUCCCCGCGCAUCGUCGCGCGGGACGGCGACCGCAGGCACCACCAUCGCCAAAAAAGUGGGCGUUACGGCCGAAGCGGUGGUACACUCUUACAAGGGUGAAAAACGUAUUCGCUUUCAAAAUUCAAAUUUUUUUGAGGCCCCUUUACAGCAUCCGGCCCGACUGUCCUCAUCCGCGUCACCCGGCUCAGCGGCCCCACAAGCGGCUCCGGAUUCUCCGACCUAUCAAUUCCUUUUUUUUGAGAUGUAGCCUGAUAGUGAUGAAUGAGAAUGCGAAUGAAGGUAUGUAGCUUGUCGCGGUGAUAGCUAGUGUAAAGUAGAUAGCAUUUGAGACGUUUUGUGACAGAUGUCGGCAGCAGGUAGACACUCAUCAGCGACAGGAGCCUCCCAGCAAUGCCAUCCGGUCUGGGCACCAGUCCGAAGCGCCGCGGCUAGUGAUCGACCACGCCCAGACUCGACAACAGUUCUCCCACUGGUUCCGGUGAAACGCCCGCCAUCUCUUCGGGACUCAAUAUUCGGCGUCGAAUGUCGUUGCGAGGUGCAGCUUGUCAAGGGAGAAAUUGGCGGCGUAGAGGCUCUAUGCUUUGCAAAAAUAUCGCACUGUUAUAAAUUGCGACACAAUAUUAAAUUUUUCAAGGAGACAGCCGGGAUUUGUGAUGCGUAGUACGUUAGGACAACAGAUCUGUAGACGCAUGGCUGCAAUUUAUGUUGGUGUGAUACUUUUGCAAUGGAUAGGCUCCCCGAGAAUGUGCCCCACUCCUUCGAAAUAUUCAAGAGACUCCGCUGUAGGUUCCGGAUCCUUCGUCAUCCCAUGAAAAACGAAUCACCCCCUGCCAAAUUUGUAUUGCUCUUUCGUCUUAGUUAUGCAUGACAAAUUCACACACCGAGCCGAAACUGCAUUACAAAUCUUCGCAAGACCGCGGCACUUUUGCGCAGUUAGAUAUACCAAAAAACUUGUCACGCGCGAUAUGUGCAGCCUGUAACGCAGGGACCAUUUUUAGCCCAGGAUGAUAGGGAGUCGCAGCUCCCCGGCAUGCAUGACAAAUUCAGCAUGGCAAUCUGCGCCAUGCCACGAAAUCAGCAAUACAAAUUUGGUCAACAGGGGUGACGUUUUUCCGUGCAUAUCUGCAGGUCGGACAGCUUGCCACUCCCAUGGUUCUCCGCGUGGUCAUUCCCUUGCUCGUCCUCAUCCAUUCCUGCGCUUGCUGCAAAUGGGUUCUCCGGACCGUCGUAGCCGUGUCGGGCGGAGCAGCAUAAAGACCGUCGACCCCCGGCGGCUCGACGUCCUCGUUAGGUGGAAGCGUCUCGGGGUCGACCUCUUCGGGGUGGACGGCCAGCAGCUGCACGACGUCGCCAAACUGUGGAUAUCCUAUCGUAUGGAAAAACGAACCCACAAUGUGGCUGCAUCGCAAUUGCCAAAAUAUGAAGCCUUGCAUGACAAAAUCGCGACCGCGUCGAAUUUCCUGCAUUUUUACAAAUCCUCUAUAUUGCGUGACAAACUCCCUACCUUGCAUGACACAUCCACUCAAUUCGCCAUGCUCAAGCUGCGACGCUAAUGCCCAUGCACAAGGCUGCGACGUGAAUUCCCACUGUGGGCGCGUUUUUUGUCCCGGAUAGCGGCCAGCUCAUGCAAACACGCCAACAGAAGCCCGGAACUUUUGGGAAACCACCCUACUACCAUCUGCGCGCCGAGCCACCGCAUUCGGGCGAUGCUCGCUAUCUUUGUACCAGGAAAAGAGUUUUGCAACAUUUUGAUAACCUGAGUCGACAUGGCCAAACCUUGACCACCAGAAGGACCAAAACCGUGGCCAUUUGCGUCGGUCAUCUGAAGGGCUUUGGCCGCACAUAGGAAGGGGCAUAAAAAUCGAGUGAGUACCUUUUUCCGCUCCUGUAAAAAAGGUAUUCGCGAUUUUUGGGUGCCAAAAAAAGGUAUUCAAGGGGGGGGCAUAAAGGAGGGUCAAGGGCACGCCUUGAGCGAGGAUUAUUCGGGCUCCCGGGAGGCCGAAAUAAUCAUUGCCACGGACCCAACAGCUCUGCGCCCAAGCCUAGUGAAAAGAUGCCGCCUAAGUGGUAAAUGCUUUGGCCCGGCAUCUCGGCGGUUUGGCAGCCCACAUCGCGGUCAUGUCUGUCUUCGUAUUUGAAAGGCCUGCGUGUCGCCUUCGUGGCUGCCAGGCGGUUGGCCGCGCGAGCCAGCCCGCCGCGCAAGCGCUUGCGACUUAUUUCCCCCCCGGCGAAAGGCCGCAGGCCUUGAGCGACUUGCGACCGCUUGCGGCACUUGUUGGCGUGCCGGCUGCCCCUCUGGCGCAUGCAAAAAAACGGCGCCACCGCUAGCCCAUGCGCGCCCGACCCGGAACUGCGCAUCUCGCAGUCGGACCUGCCCGCCGAGGGGCGAGCGAAUGCGGCCUCUACUCGGAGCAACCAUUGCCAAAGGCGAACGCCUUGCGGAAAAGCGCAUCGCCCGCGGUUGCUCAAGGCAUGCAGCGGGCCCCGUCGGCUCCGCAAUCUGUUUGGCCAAGUUUGCGCCCAUUUCAUUUGGUGGGGCUCCCGACUUACAUGGCGGGCCGGGGAGAGGGACGGUCGCAGGCGCUUUCCCCCGUUUUCCCAGGCGGGGCAACGGCCGCGCUAGCGCUUUUUGGGUGGGUGCGGCGCGUUGGGGGUAGUGCGAAAGCAUGCCAACACUGCCGCCACAGGUGAUAAGAAAAACUAUCCGCUCGCGCGCCCGCGGGAGCGCCACUCUGUCGCGUCUUUUAUCUUGGGGCGCCAGAACCCCAAAUGAGGAAAGCCCCUGCGCCUAGUAGGGGGUCUUCCCGCGCCCCCCCUUCGCCGCGCCAUCUCUGGCAAAUCCGCCCGGGCAGAAAUUGUCUGGCGGACCCGGGCACAUUCUUCGGCCAUGCGUGAUGCGCCAAAGCCGCGCGGGGCUUGGAAAUUUGGCGCCAGAUUUCCCAAAAAAGGCCCUGCGCUGUGGUGGGCCGUGAGGGGCGAACUCUAGCCGGCCGACAUAGCGGCCAACUUAGCGGCCAGCCGCUUUCGUCUCAGAAGCGGGCCACUAUGAAGCGCCCCGGCCGUAUGGGUGUUUUGCGCCAAAAAAUGCGCGCAAACCAAGGCCGGCCGUGGCCUUGCAGCUUUUUCAAGUCUUUGACACGUGCCCGAGCCGGUUCAACUGUUUUCCUGGGCCCAGACCAAAGGUGUUCAAAAUUGGGCGGACACACCGCAACAACCCGAGGCAGGUGAAAGAGCGUCGCUUUUUUGUAUGAGCGCCAGCUGCCACUAGUCUCCACCGUUCAUCUCAGGCCGCAACUAUCUUCUGCCAGAGUUUGUCCUUCUUCAUUUCUGUUGCGGGGCUUGGUGUUUGGAGUGGUGCCCAACAUGCCACUCACGACGAUACGCAGCUCCGGGGCGUCGGCGCCGGCAACAAUGGACUAUGCAAAAAAACGUCUUCAAAUGCGAGCUCAAAUUUACCCUACCUAUCACCGCGACAAGCUAGCUAGAUAAUAAGACAACUCCAGUGACAUCAUCAACAUACUCCAGUAAUUCAGGUAACGAAAAAAGGUCCCGCGACUCACCUGCCCGACGCCUUCCAGUUCAACGAGGCCACCGGCGGGGUCCUAUCUGGACCCACCCUCAAGGGGGGCAAAAAAAAAUUUGAUUUUUGAAAGCGAAUACGUUUUUCAUCGCUGUAACUCUUGGUUGUUAUUUGCUUUUCAUCAUCUAUGCCAACUGUCGUGUAGACAUCACUCCUGGCUGUCGGAAGAGGUCAGCCUGCCUUCCUCAUCGGGGUCUUGGAAAACUUUCUCUGCAUGGUCUGAUCAGACGUCUUCAUGGCUUGCAGCUGUAGAAAGGUUUCCUCAACCAAAAAAAACAAACAAGGUAAAGACCGCGGCUCCCUUACUCGCGAGAUUUGACGUGACAUUCAACGUAUCGAGCUGGACGUUUCGGAAGUUGAAUAAACUCACCGAGCUGGACGAGCUGUGGGCAAACGGUAUAGCAUUUGAAUGUCCAUAGAUACUUUUCUACAAAGGAGCAUGGUAUUGCUAUUCGUAAAAGCAAUUUGCAACCGCGCAAGAAAGAGCGCAAAUGUAAGUCAUAUGAUAUGCGUUUCGGGACGAGUGUGAUGCGAUCGUCAGGAGCCGUAUUUUGACAUGCGUGCUUAGCUGCUACGGCGAGUCUGAGAAUACUCAUCUGAGCCUGAAACUCCUUUUCAAACAAUACACUACGGAAAAACAGGUAAUGCCAAGAAGCUGAUCAUCGACCCCACCGUGUCCAUGGCCACGAAACUCGACGAGCAGGUUUUCAGCAGGUUCGUGGCGUCGUCGGUGGAGCAAUUUCGCUCCGACCGCACGAAACUGGAGAUUGACGCUUAGGAGAAGGACGACCAAAAAUCCGAAAAGCCUGCGACCCGCUUCUACCAAUUGCAGACGACUAGUCUGGUGCUGGAAAGAUGCAGAGCAGAAGUUGUAAUGAAAAAAGUAGCUGCCAUUCUGGCUUGAGAAAAAAAUGUAUUUUAAAAAGAAAGGUAGACCUAGAGAGCCGCCACAAGAGCUGCUCGUAUAAAGUCAUGACUGAAAGAAGUAUGACGUGCAUAUACUUUGGGCUCCCUCGAAGAUGGUAAAAAAAAUGCGUCUUCUGUAUCUUCCCAGAACCAGGCAGAUUUUUUACGGUUUCAAAAAGAAAGUGACGGCACGUACCUCGUGGUUCGCUAGAAGAAGCGGACUUCCUCCUGCCGGACUCAUCACAACAAUAAUCGAAACAGGCGUCGCAGGAGGCACGUUUUUAUCGACUUUGAGUGCGGCAAGCUUCCCUAUACCGACUCAAGCUAAGUAACGUGUAGAAUUGAAUUGAACUGAUCUACGACCCAAUUCUUCUUUCGUGACCUGAAAGCACGAUUUUGAUUUUGUUUUUGCGACUACCUAACGCUGGUCAUCAACUGCUUACAAUCAGAAACUUUGACAGUGCGGCGCAAGAAGCGAGCACAUAGCUGAUUUUGUUUUUGCGUUGAAUUUGAUCAAGAAUAAGUAUGAAAUGAACCAAUAUAAUAAAGCAAUAGUAGAACUUCCUUUUGUUCCUUAUACCAUUUUCAGAAUUUGAGUUUGUGAAAAAUGAAGUGCGUUUCUAUUCCUGUGUCUUCACACACUAUCUAAGGAGAACUAUGGUGGCACACUGGUCGCUCCAGGAAGCAGUGGCAACUAAUUCGCUGGGGCGAACUGGUGUCCUUUCGUUUUCAUCAUGUUUGAUUUUGAUCUUGUACGAUAGAGGCCAAAACUGCAGGAUUGAUUAUUAGUUGCAAUUUUGCAAACGUGAGUGAACUUGAAGGCGGGAUGCCAAGUCUGGGAUUGACUUUUGUUGGGGAAAAAGUCUCAGAUAGACUUUUGUUGAGAAAAAAUGCGGUAAUUGAAAUUGUGUGAAUCUAUUGAACCAAGGCAGAGCGGCAGGAGCCUGGCAU